CGCACACACUUUUUUUUACUCUCUCUCUCUCACUUACAACAAUUUUUAAAGAUGCCUAAAGAAACUCAAAAGGAUACUAAGCGUGCUACUGAUAAAGGCGAAGAUAAGAAGAGACGUAGUAAGAAGGAUCCUUCUGCCCCUAAGCGUGGUUUAUCUGCAUACAUGUUCUUUUCUCAAGAAAAUCGUGCCAAGGUUAAGGAGGAAAAUCCCACUGCCACUUUCGGUCAACUUGGUAAGCUUCUUGGUGAAAAAUGGAAGGCUAUGAGUGAUGAAGAAAAGAAGCCUUAUAUUGAAAAAGCUGAAAAAGACAAGGAACGUUAUGAAAAAGAAAAGGCUUCUCAAAAAUAAAAUACAUAUAUAUCGAUUUCUCUUUCUUUCUUUUUUUUCUUUCUUUUUUUUUUAUAUCCUUUCUAUUAAAGAAAAUGCUAAUAAAAAAAAAUAAAAUUUCUGAUUAUAAUGAAA